AUGCCCGCUGAAGCCUCGACCGAGGACUCGGCUGCCGCUAGUCGCAAGGCCGAGACCAAGCCCGUGAUUGACGAUGGCUCCGGUCAUCUCAACAAGGAGCUGAUGUGGGUCUGUGAUCUCCCGAAGCAGGACAGCAGCGGCAAAUGCGCUGGCCGACCCAUCGCAAACACAAAGAGGGACAUCAACAACCACAAGUGCAAGUUCCACCGCGAUUCGGAGUACAUUGCGCUACAGACCCCCUUCGGUAAUAUCACCCUGUAUUGCUGUGAGCGAGACUGCAACGCCGCCUUCAAGAAGCCGCACGACAUCGUUCACCAUUACCGAAACCACCACGAUGACGUUAAUACGAGCCAGGAGGAAGUUCUCACCGCCUAUAACAUCAAGACCGCCAAGCAGAAGAGAGCUGAGGCCGAAGGUAAGGCUGCUGGCAAGAUUUAUAACACAUCUUCGGGCCCCUCUGUUGUGUUUCUUGGUGCUGGUCUGCUUGAUUUCCUGCUGCGUGUUAUCUACUGCGCGCUACUUGGACCCCCCUCACCAACUGAAGAGGUUUCGAUGACUUCUCAUAACUACCAUCAGAUAAUUUCGAUUCUGCUGCUGGAGUGUAAAGCAAGGAUGAAAUGCACGCGGUACAUAUCUGGGUUGGCAAUGCUGUUCGCGUCUUUGCGAGUUUUGGUCCUUGAUAGGCCAUAG